UUCUCAUUUACAAGUUAAACAUGCAAGCUGAUGCUGACACAGGAAGUUCAGUCAGUAUUCUGUGCUUGUGAUUCACACACUUCCACUCAGUCUCAAAUCAGCAGCAGUUCAGACUGUUUUCUUGUUUCUGGGACUGAGCAUCUGUUAAUAAAGAGAUGGACACUGCAGAGAAAAUCAUUCUUUUCUGUUUUCUCUUACAAGCUGUUUGCUGUAGAGAUUUCAACAUCAGUCUGCCAGAGAAGAUCAACGCUCUCAGUGGAUCCUGUGUGAUCAUAAAGUGCAGAUUUGAGAUUCAGGAACAAUAUGACAAAAACCUCACUGAAAGUGCUACAGGAAUGUGGUUCAAAGACGGGACCAGUGUGGACAACAAUCUAGUGUUUUACUCAAGCUCAUCAAUCCAGAAAUCCUCCAUGAAAGGGAAUAUAACUGGAAAAUUAAAAGACAAAGACUGUACCACUGUUUUUUAUGACCUCAGAUCAAAUCACAAAGGUCAAUAUUACUUCAGGAUUGAGGGUGAAGCUGGACUGAAAUGGACCUUUAAAGAAACAAGUGUUUCAAUUGAUGUGAUUGACUCUCCCCCCAAACCCACCGUGCAGCUGUAUGUGGAGCAGAAGGAGGUGCAGGAUCAGAAGGAGGUGUUGGAGGUGUUGGAGGGGAGCUCUGUGAGUCUGCGCUGCUCUGCUGAGACUCUCUGCUCCUCUCCUCCACCAACUCUCACAUGGAGCUCCACUCCCAGAAUCCCCCUCAGUGAGAGCAGCAGACGAGAGGAGCUCAUCUCUGAUCUGAACUUCACUGCUACUCACCGUCAGCACAGAGUCACUUUCACCUGCACUAUAACCUACCAGCUACAGGACCAGAACAAAACAGCACAGGACAACAUCACAGUACAUCUUCAGUAUGCACCUAAAAUCUCUCCAUCCCCCAGCUGUAACAGGACUGAUGUAACUCUGUGUUUCUGUGAGGCUGAUGGGAAUCCCUCUCCUGAACUGGAGUGGCAUCUGUCUGGACGUCCUGUCACUAACUCUUCAAACACGUUCAUCAGUGAAGAGCGAUUGAGCAGCACAGGCUUGAGGAGCUCCAUCACUCUUCAUCAGUCUCUCACACACACAUCCACACUGCAGUGUGUCAGCAGAAACAUUCAUGGAAAUGCAAGUCAACUCUAUCAGCUUACUUCAUCUGUUGCACAUUCCUUCAAUUGA